AUGCCCACAAAGCCCCUUCCAUCCCCUCGCAACAACCCUCCGCCCCGCAAGCGCCCGCGGUCACCUUCCGGAUCCUCUACCCAGACUGCUCAUCCUGCGCCUUCAAUCUUCGAUCCACUGCCCGUCAUAGACCUCAGUCACAUGGACCUUCCCUCCCCGGUUGCGCCUACUCCUCCACAGGCCAGCCUUGUUCUCCCUAAUCUCGACCACCUUCUGCCAGUUGGCGCACCUCCUCCUCGACCCCAGUCGGGCAGUCGGCCUCGGAAAGACGGUCGUGGAAAUCAUCCCAAUUCGCGGCGAAACCUUGAUAUCGGGCGAGCAGUCCGAGGUCGGGUUCGUCGACCUGUACGGGAGCGCGGCAGCGACGCAGAUGGGGGCGAUAUUGACCUCACUGCGCUCGAUCUAUCUCAUCUUCUGCCUAUCCCCGCUCUUGCGCGACCCACACCAUCCUCAAGAGUACCCCAUGGUGUCAGUGAUGAUGUUCCCCGGAGCAUUCGAAAGUUGGUCCCAGCCCUGCCGGUAGACGAGUUUUGGGCGCCGAUGGUGCUUCGAGAACAGACACCAGAUUUGGAGUAG